GCCCAGGGCGUUUCUCGGCCAGACGCGCCAGCGGGCCGACGAGGGGCUGGGUGGCGAGGGGCUGGGAGGUGCGGGGCGGGAUCUUCCCUGCGCCCCCGCCCUCCCCGCCUCCUGCCGCCGUUCUGCUUUGCCGCGGGCUACGGGGGCAACGAGAGGCGGCUCGCCAGUCCUCUUCUCGGCGGGGCCGCAGCCGGCGGCACGGUGAGGUUUCCAUACUUGCUGUGAUUCUUCAGAUUUGUUCUUUUCUUGAAAUGGUUGGACUAGGAAACAGCUGUCGCGGGAUGAAGUCUCCACCACUCCUCGUGGCUGCGCUCAUGGCGUGCAUAAUUGUUUUGGGUUUCAAUUACUGGGUUGCAAGUUCUCGCAGCAUGGAUCUACAGGGUCGAGUCAUGGAUCUGGAAGGCAAAGUCCGCAGGGCCGCAGCGGAGAGGGGUGCUGUGGAACAAAAAAAGAAUGAAUUCCAAGGGGAGCUAGAGAAGCAGCGACAGCAGAUUGACAAAAUUCAGUCCUUGCACAGCUUUCAGAUGGAAAAUGCCAACAGAGUACAUCAGGAAGAGAAGGCGGUGCUGAUGAGUAACAUCACAGUAAAUGAUCGAUUGAUUCAGAGUCUACGAGAACACUUGAAAGAAUUACAGACGGAAUAUGGAAAGCUACAGCUGGAUAUUUACUGGUUUCAGAAGAACCAGACUAACCUUCAGAGGAAGUUCUCAUAUGACCUCUCACAGUGCAUCAACCAGAUGAAAGAAUUAAAAGAACAAUGUGAAGAAAGGAUAGAUGAACUUAGAAAAAAGAGUAGUGAUGUACCACAAAUCAAAGAAAACAAAGACUUCAGAGAAGAUAGUCAGGUUGAUACUCAACUGCCAGCCUUGAAGCAAGCAGGGUUCAAGCAGGCUGACUUGGAACACCAGAAAACCAAUGAAGAUGUUCCUAAAGCAGUACCUACAGUAAGAAAGACAGACCUGAUGCAGGUUAAAGAAAGAACAGACAGUCUAACUGGCAUGAGAGAACAGGAGCCUAAGGCAGAAGAGGAGCAGCAUUCCAGUCAGUUGGAAAAACCUCAAGAGUCACUCAAGGCUGCUGCAGAUCACAAGGAGAUGCUGCCUGUGUCAGAGAAGGAGCCAAAUCCACCUAAGGAUGAGAACCAUGUAGCUGGGCAAGAUAUGUCAGAGCCAGCAGUAGAGCAGGCUGCCAGUGAGGAAGUUGAGAGGGAACAAUUCCUAAAUUACGAUGAUAAGCAGGAUGACUUGCUCCCUGGAAAGGCUGACAAACAGGAACAUGUGGAAGUGAACCAGGACAAGGAUGUCGAUUACAAUUUAGAUGUGAAUGAAGGUGAAUCAGAAACUGACAAGCAAGCAGCACUUGCUGGGAUUGAAAAUGUUCAAAACCAUGAAGAUAUGAAGAACCACUUACCUGACAAUGGUGAAGGACGACAGAAGUUGUGAACAAAGGAAGUUCAUGAUACAACUGAGUCACCUCUUCCUCCAAAUGCAGCAAUGAUCCAAGCAAAGUGAUCUUAGAAGGUUUUGAUUAUCUUCUUAAGGCUUGACUAGGGGCCAAAAUGAAGUAGUAUUUUCUUGUGAACUUUUAGUACUGUUGCAGUGAGGAAAAGAGGUAAAUCUCUGGACACUUGUUUCAAAGCAGUUUGGCCUCGCCAAUGACUUUUUCCUUCCUAUAAAUUAUAAAAUUGCAAUCAGGUAGCAAUGAAGUUAGUAACUUUGAAGUUGGCUACCUUGUAUAGUCAUCCUGCUGUAAGCAUAUGUGUGGAUUGGUCGCAGAUGAUGAGCAGUCCCCUGCCAAGGAUGGAUCUCUCUGUUGAGCAACGCACAGUAGAGAAAUCGCCAGCUUAGUUUUAAGAAUUUAAGAAGGGGCUGUGUUACUAUAACAAAACAUAGGAAGGAUGAAAACCAGUCCGUGCUGCAAUCUGCCCGUGUCUGUUCUGGCACUUUUUUGCUGUUACACAGACUAAGAAAGCACAACUGUAGUCCUCAGAUACUAUGCAGAAUGGUAUAUGUACCUGGGCCUCUGAAUUAAAUUCUUAGAGUACACUGUCAAGAUGCAUUCUUAGCUUUAAAACUAAAAAAAAACCCUCAAAGGAUUUUGACAAUUGCUUAGAGAUAAGCCAGGAAGAUUUUUUUGAAAGCUUUGUUGGAUUUCACAAGGCCAUUACUACAGUUUGGUUUGGUUACCACUACUGGGCACAAGUUUAGUAAAAAUUCAAACUCAUAAACUUUUCAUGACAGAAGCCCCUGAAAUGCGUACUACAACUGCCCUUUACUACACCCAGCCGUGAUCUUCUGCAAAAACAGAGGAGUGCAAAUGCUUGCCUUGUGCAAUGCAGUCUCAGUUGUUCAAUGUGACUAGUCUUCUCUGCUGGACUUCCAAUGGAGGUAACCAGACUAUGCAUUCAGAAGACAAUGUCUUCUGAAUGCAUAGUCUGGUUACCUCCAUCAAGACAGUGUCUUCCACAGGUGAAGCCUUAGUUGUUUUGAAGUUGUAUGUUAAUCACAAUGUAUCAUCUUGUUAAUGUUCUGCAGUCUUCUCUGUAACUUGUUAAAUGUAAACUAAAAUGUAAGCUAAAAACUAUUUUACACCCUUAACUGCAGUCCAACCACCAUGUAUAGCUGGUUUGAGGAAAUUUUUAUAUUUGUGUCUGCUCCCAAGACUGACUCCUGUGUUUGGAGCAUUGUUAGUAUGAACCAGCCUCUGUGAGACAGCACAGCUGCCAGACAGCUGUGACUAAGUUGCCAACCAGCAUUCCAUUUAAGAAAACACAAAUUUGUCUUUGCUUUCCGUUAAAGCACUUCACUUUGUAACUUCUUUUGUGGUGUGUCAUUCUUCAGUGCACUAGCUUAUAGCUCCUGUACCUUAAAAUGAGGCUGGUUCUUUUGUGUAUGAAAAGAGUAUUAGUUGUCAUCAAGUGAAGGUCAGAGUUGACGUCAAAAGAUGCCUGUUAAGCCUAAACACAGAAACAGUUCACUAACAGUUUUCCACCAUUUAAGUAAGACCUAACUGGUCUGGGCUACUGUAGUCAACACAGCAGGGAAAACAUGCUUGUAAACAGGAGAGAAGAGGAAUGAACAUCUGUUCUGACAAGUAUUGGGAAACUCAAGGUACUGGGAUUUUUGCAAAUAAUGACAUGUUUGAACAUUGAAGUGUUUACCCAUAAUUUGGAUAAAAAAUAUUUAGUCAUCUUCUGAGCAUUUUCCUAGGACUUAAUCUAUAAACAAUUAUGCAGCUGACAUUUAAGUUAAUCAGGAAUUUAAUAUUGAUUGUUAAAAAGCAUAUAUUCUAACAGUAAAAAAUAGACUGUGAAACACUAUAAUCAAGUUGAAUGAAUAGCUUUACCAAUAUCAAGUUAAAAAUUCCAAAGAAUCAAACACUUAAGGGUAAUUAGUAUAUUGCCAGAGGAUUAUUUUAAAACUAAUUGUUUUGGCUGUGCUUCUGUACACUUUUGGCCUUCUCCUAACCAACUGGAUGUUGUCCUCCAUAAAUACGACCACCUCUGUACAAAGCACACUUGUAAACCUCUGAGGGCAAAGGGUCCGAAAACAUGCAUAAAAGCAGUGUUCAAACUGAAGGACUACAGUUUUAUUCACAAUGACUUCAAGUGCUUCAGUCUAACUCUGGUAGUAGAUUUCUAGUCAGUAAGAGGCCUGUAGAAUUAAAAGACCUUUAGUUGAUCAAGAGAUUAUUUUGGAACUGGGGUGUACAGUGUUGUCUCCACUAAAGUUUUUAGUUGUGUGAGGCCUUACUACUUUUCUCUAAUAUUCUUGGUGUUAUAUUAGCACUUUGGUUUGGUUUUCUUUACAACUAAACUUGAUCCAUUUUAGGUAAGCAUUUGAAAGUUAACUU